AUGUCUUCCUCCGCUCGAGAAGUUUUUACCGUUACUAGCCUCGUCGAGAUAUCCUUCAACAAAUUCAUAGGAUAUCUACAAAAUAUUUACAACAAACGCGAAGAAUCUCAUUCAUUUUACGCCAUCGCGGACUAUUGGGCCAAACGAAACGCGGCUGGAAAAGCUAGCAUCAAACAGUUUUACACCAGCCGCAUGACGCACGCGUUCGAGCAUGGAACCGUGCCAAUGGACCAAUUUGGGAAUUUCGAUCGCAAUAUCGUGACAAAGGUCAUGGUUGAAGCUAUGAGACAGGAGGUCUCCUCCGUUGACUCCCCCAAUGCCAGUUAG